AUGCACGAAGUUGUCAUGUUUGGCCAAGGACUUGUCAUACCUUCGCUUCUGUUCUUAAUCCAGCUUACUACGCUGAGUCUUGCCGCGCAGACUUGUUACUUUCCAAACGGUGCUGUAGCAAUACACGAUGUACCAUGCAACGAUACCUCUGUGUCCAUCUGUUGUCAAACGGUUUCUACGUGUUUGAAUGAUGGACUAUGCUUCAACCCUCUGGGAAGCGCUGUUGGUGGGUUUAUACGUGGAUCUUGUACAGAUAAAUCGUUCACAUCUUCGCUCUGUCCAUUAUUCUGCAAUACAGAUGAUAACGUUGCGGGUAUAAUCAACACAAUCUCUGAUGCCGGAGUACUGAGCUGUGGUAACUCUCAUUUCUGUUGCGAAAGCGCCAGCCUUUCAGAGUGCAACUGCCAAACCGGGAACGGAACGUUCACACUUGCUGGGAAUAUACUUCCCUUCACAAGUAUUCCUUCGAGCAUUCCACAAUCUUCUAUCUCCACGUCGCCCCUUUUGUCUUCGAGCUCAUCAGCAACUUCGAUUUCCACAACCACUUCGAGCUCUUCGACAAAUUUGAACUAUGGAAGCCCCUCAGCUUCCGCUCCUGCCACAACCUCGCAAGUACCCAACCUAAGUUCGUCGGCCAACCCAACUACCAUAUCACCGCUUGCUGGCACAAAUUCGUCUGCUAGUCCCUCAGCCACAUCAAUACAGGUGUCCAGCAGUAGCCAAGAGGUUAUAAUAGGACUCGAGGUUGGUAUACCUGUUGGCGCUGCUGUAUUUGGGGCCAUAAGAGCCUUUGGGGCCUGGCUGUCCCGACGCCACCGAAGAACCUCCAAGGAUUCCAGUACUAUGUUACCCUCCACAUCUGACGAUCUGCCAUACAGUAGACAGAUGCUUGACAGCACGCAAAUCAGCGGGAUGUCAACAAAACCUGGCUCCAAGCCGGAGUGGACACCAAACUACACACAAGUCAAGGAAUUGCCAACAGUACCAGAUCCAAAUGGUUCAAAUCAGCGCGCGACGGAACCACCGGGAACACCACGGUAUGAAUUGUAUUGA